UAUUUUUUUUUUUUAUCUUCUUCUUCUAAGAUCAAAAAGUUCUGUUUUUUUUUCUUCUUCUUCUUUUGUUAUUUUGUUUUUAUCUUUUCUGUAUAUGUGUUUAUUUAUGAAUAUUUUCUUUAUUUUACUUUAAUCAAUAAUAAAUAUCAUAUAUAUGGUGAAAGACAAACAAAAACCUUUGGAUAUUAAGGAUACCACUAUGACUUCUCCCAUUCAAGAUCUUCCUUCACGUUCUUAUUAUUCCUCUCAUAUUCACCAUGAAUCGGGAAAUACUGAAGAUUCUCUUCGUUAUUCAGCAUCCAUUGAAUCUAUUAGAGCACAAUCUCUUGCUUUGGGGGAUAUUUGUAUGACAGAAAAUAAACAUAACGAAGAAGAAGAAGAACAAGAAGAACAAGAACAAGAACAAGAAGACUUGAUUAAUUCUGAAACAACUCCAACAACAACUUCCACUUCUUCUAUUGAAAUUAUGCCUACUAGUAAUGGAAAUAGUAAUCUCUCCUUUUUAUUACAAAAGUAUAAUCAAGAUCAACAUGAACAAGAACGUCAACCUUUACUCUCCAAAACCAAUACACCUGAUAAUAAUCAAAGAUACCAAGCUAUUGAAACAUCACCAUCAACUUUUUGGUCUGAACAUCGUGAAAGUAUCCAAACAUUACCCGAUUUGAAAGAUAUACCUACAUCUACUACUGUAUUACCCUCUAUGUAUCAUUCAACAACUACAUUCAAAACAAAAUUACAUGAUAUAUGGCUUGAAAAUCGUCCAACUUCAUGGAAAUCAAUAAUCAUUCGACCUUUAGAAUGUAUUCCUUCUGUGAUUUUGGGUUUAUUACUCAAUUUAUUAGAUGCUAUUUCUUAUGGUAUGAUUACAUUUCCUUUGAAUAAUCCUAUUUUUGCAUCAUUUGGUCCUGAAGGUAUUUCCAUGUUUUUUGUCAGUUGUAUCAUUGCGCAAUUGGUUUAUACCGGUGGCGGUAGUGCUUUUGAUGGUGUCAACGGAAGUAUGAUGAUUGAAGUGGUACCAUUUUUACAUAUCAUGGCGGAAAGCAUUGUACAAAGCAUUGGAGAAGAUCAACCUGCUAAAGUGAUAUCAUCAACAAUGGUAGCGUUUGCUCUGAGUAGCAUCAUGACAGGUGUAGCAUUUUUCCUUCUUGGAGCAUUGAAAUUGGGGUCUUUGAUCGAAUUCUUUCCUCGUCAUAUUCUUGUAGCGACCAUUGGUGGUGUGGGUUGGUUCCUGGUGGCAACUGGAAUUGAAGUAUCUGGACGAUUGGAUGAAGAUUUGACUUAUACUUGGGCCAUGUUCAAACAUCUAUUUCUAGAUGUACAUGUUUUCUCAUUGUGGUUCUCUGCAUUUCUUGUCGCUAUCUUGUUACGUUGUUUACAACAUCGAUUCAAGAGUCCUAUGGUAGUUCCUCUCUUUUUCAUGAUACUUCCUUUGGCCUUUUAUCUGGUAAUCCUGAUUUUUGGUUGGGAUAUCAAUCAAAUGCGUGAUGAUGGUUGGAUCUUUCCAUUGGUUGACAGUAAUGUACCAUUUUGGCAUUUUUAUACCUACUAUGAUUUCUCUUUGGUGGAUUGGAAAGCUGUUGCACAGACCCUACCUGCAAUGUUAGCCUUGACCUUUUUUGGUCUCUUACAUGUUCCCAUCAAUGUACCCGCCUUGGCAGUAUCUACCAACAAGGAUGAUGUUGAUGUCAAUCGAGAACUAGUGGCUCAUGGCAUCUCUAAUGCUCUUUCUGGAUGUUUUGGUGCUGUUCAAAAUUAUCUUGUGUACACCAAUAGUUUACUGUUUAUUCGGUCAGGAGGUGAUAGUCGAUUGGCUGGAUUAAUGCUUGCAGGUGCAACAGCAAUUUUAUGGAUGGUGGGACCUUGGAUUGUUGGUUAUAUUCCAGUAAUGGUAGUAGGCAGUUUGAUUUUUCAUCUUGGACUUGACCUUCUCAAGGAAGCAUUGAUCGAUACUUGGAAUUGUGUACAUUACUUUGAAUACAUUACCAUAUGUGUGAUUGUUGCGUGUAUGGCAACUUUGGGUUUUGUUGAAGGCAUCUUUAUUGGCAUCAUGACAGCAUGUCUAUUCUUUGUGGUCCAGAAUGCUCGGCGUAGUGAAACCAUUCGUGCGACAUUUACUGGUCAAAUCAUGCGAUCUACUGUGCGAAGACUUUAUCGUCAACAAGUCUUUUUGAAUCAAGUGGCCAGUCAAAUCCAAGUCAUCAAGUUGCAAGGUUAUCUCUUCUUUGGUACCAUCAAUCAAGUCGAACGCGCCAUUCGUGCCAUGUUGGACGACAGUGCUAACAACAAAGAUGAUAGGAAGAAAGAUUAUAUUGGUUGGAAUGAUCAUCCUAUCAGGUUCUUGGUAUUGGAUUUACAAUUAGUGCAAGGAUUGGACUUUAGUGCUGCCGAGGCCUUUGUACGGAUCCGAAGGUUAUUGGCUUCUCGUCAGGUGUUCAUGAUUCUUUGUAAUGUGGAACCCAAAUCAGAUGAAGAAAAGGCAUUGAAAAAAGCUGGUGUAUGGGAUGACAACAACAACAACAGCAAUGGUGUAUUGAAAUGCUUUGAACAUUUGGAUGACGCUUUGGAAUGGUGUGAAAAUGUACUUUUGAAAUCUUACUUUACAAAGAAACCUCAUCAUCCUCUACCUACUCUUACUCAACAACAAUCUAUCACUCCAUCAGAUAUUACAAAUGAUCCUCAUACUACCUAUGUUGAUAUGCAUCAUCCUUCUUCAUCUCCUCGUCAUCGCAUGCUAUCACGUGCUGUACAACAUUUACUUCAAGAAACCCAUGAAAUCGUCAAACCACAUUCCAACAUGUCACAACCAACGUUAAUUUUGGCGCAAUCACUUGGUGAUCUAACUAGUGGAACGGAUAAUGACAACAUGAACAAUCCACCAAUGGAAUUCUAUCAUACUCUAGGCCAAUACUUUGAACGAUGUACAUAUGAAAAAGGACAAACAAUCUGGCGACAAGAUGAUACAUGUGACUUUUUGAUUGUACUGGAACAAGGCUCUUUACGAAGUUUGAUGCAACUCAAACAACAGCAACAACGACAACAGGAAACAAAUGUGACAGUGGAAACAAUUUUACCUGGAACAGUGGUGGGUGAAUUGGGCUUGUUUGCAUCUACAGAACGUCGACGAAGUCGUUCCCUAGUGGCGGAUCAGGCAUCAGUGCUUUGGAAAUUGACUCGAGCCAAAUUUGAUCAAUUAGUUAAGGAUGAUCCUACGAUGGCUACUCAGUUUGUGUUAUUGACAUUACAUUUUAGUGUGGAUCGCCAAGAUACCAUGACCAAGUACGCAUUCCAUCUGCAUCGUUAUUAGUUUAUAUACAUUCAUUAUUCUCUAUCAUUUUUCUUUUUUUUCACUAUCAUCAAACAAUAAAGAAACAAAAAAUUGGAUUGCAAC